AUGGACGGUCUGCGAGAAGCAGCGCCCAUUCAGCAGGGGCCCGAGAAUUCCAAGAAGAGAGCUCUCAGCAGAUCACCAUCCAACUCUCAAUCUCCAUCACAAGCACCGCCGCAGAAGAAGACGAGCUAUGAACAAGACAACCAAGCUCCGAACGAUCAUGUUAUGGACGAGCCAACUACCGUAUCGGAGCGAUUAACUGUCACCAACGUCCUGGACUAUAUAAACUCCUCGCGGACCUCCCCUCCUUUGACAGACCUCAUCGACUACUGGCUCGAAGAAGCUUAUCCGCCCGAAACUCAUCACCAGCAGUACUCCCGCUCCGACUACUCCGUACAGACUAUUAUACAAGAACCUACUCGACGAUACGCUCGAUCAGCACCUCCAAUCAUGCCUCGUCGUAAUCCUCCAACCCAGAGCAAUCGCCAGGUUUCAUCUCCUGGGCUAACUAGUGCUGGGGCAGUGCCCAUCCCGACGAACAGCACCCCGACUGGGUCUCCAAACACUGGGGUCAAGUCUCCUACAACCACUGGCUCGCACGUUGAGCAGGCUCAGUACGAGACUCUCCACUUGGCUUCUAAUAAUAUAGUAUACCGCGACCGCCGAGACAGCUUUCCAACUCCUAUUUCUACGCUUAUCGGAAAGAUCGAAAGUGACAGAAGCUUGCCAGAUAUCUCUAUUCAGGAUGUCGAUGCUGACAAUGCCCUUGCUGCUCUGGAGCGAGGAGCUGGUGAGCCAGAGGUGGAACAGUAUAUCCAGAACAACCUCGUCACAUUGCCAUCUCGAAACGACAUACUCAAGCGAAGUGACAAGAUACCAAUGGCUAGGAGGUUGAUACCCAACACUGGAACAGCGUUUCGAGUCAGCGGUCCUGUUCCAGACGUUCUCCUCGGCUACAAUGACGGAGGCGCUUUCACUCCACUCCAGCGACGGAAGCUGGCUUUGAUGGAUCUGGCUUCCGCAAACAAUGACGGUAUCUGUCUACCAUUCUUUAUUGUCGAGUUUAAAGGUGACGGUCCCUCUAGCAAUGGUAGUCUGUAG